AUGAAUUACGCAGACGAGAAGGGCAAGUUCGACGAGGAGGUGAGCGCUCAUGGCGUGCGCGUGCUCAUCGAGCCCACGGCAAUGAUGCACAUCCUGGGAACCAAGAUGGACUGGGUUGAGACGAGGCUCACCAGGGAGUUUGUCUUCACGAACCCGAACGCGAAGGGCACGUGUGGGUGUGGGGAAAGUUUUACAACAUGA